CCAGGAUGCCAUCGCAUAUUGAGGCCAUGGCCGUCCAAACGGUGCCGUGGCGCAUCCAUUCCCCAGUGUAGAUGCACCCCGGCAAAGCUGGCUCUCCAAAGCGGGCGGGGACGCCUCCAGUUCCGCUUCCCAGAGAUCCGGCUGCAGCUCCUCCUCUUUCUCUCUUUUUCUCUCUCUGUCCAGGCAGGAAGGACGAUGCAGCCGAGGAGACCCCGGGGGCUUUGGAAGUUUAGACGAGCCCAUCACAACUCCGCAUGUGCCACAGAAAGCUUCAUGAUUUAGAGACUUCACAAAGCAAGUGGUAAAGAUGAGAACAAAUCCUGCAAUUCAAGCGGCCAUCGACCUCACAGCUGGGGCCGUAGGAGGCACUGCCUGUGUGAUGACCGGCCAGCCAUUUGAUACAGCCAAGGUGAAAAUGCAGACUUUUCCCGACAUGUACCGAGGCCUCGUUGACUGUUUUGUGAAGACUUACAAGCAAGUGGGCUUCCGAGGCUUCUACAAGGGGACCACCCCAGCACUGGUCGCAAACAUUGCAGAGAAUGCUGUGCUCUUCAUGUGUUAUGGCUUUUGCCAAAAGAUUGUGAGGAAGAUUGCUGGACUAGACAGGAAAGCAAAGUUGAGUGACCUCCAAAAUGCUGCCGCUGGCUCCUUUGCCUCUGCCUUUGCCACCUUGGUCCUCUGCCCCACAGAGCUGGUGAAGUGCCGCCUGCAGACCAUGCAUGAAAUGCAGUUGUCUGGGAAAAUAGUGCAAGGACACAAUACAGUUUGGUCAGUAAUCAAAGCUGUUCUGCAAAAGGAUGGUCCCUUCGGCUUCUACCGUGGUCUCUCCAGCACUUUGCUGCGGGAAAUUCCAGGCUACUUUUUGUUCUUUGGAGGAUAUGAACUGAGUCGGACGUUCUUUUCAUUUGGAAGACCCAAGGAGGAAUUAGGUCCUGCUGCACUUAUGGUUAGUGGUGGUUUUGGCGGAAUGUGUUUAUGGAUUGCUGUAUAUCCAAUAGACUGUAUCAAAUCAAGGAUCCAGGUUCUCUCAAUGGCAGGAAAACAGGCUGGCUUCAUGGGAACCUUCGUAAGCGUAUUCCAGAAUGAAGGUGUGUUUGCCUUGUAUUCUGGACUAAAACCUACAAUGAUUCGUGCAUUUCCCGCCAAUGGUGCAUUGUUCCUUGCCUAUGAAUAUAGCCGGAAACUGAUGAUGAAUCAGUUUGACACAUAAAACUUUGUAGACUUUGUAUAGGACACAAUAGUCAAACCAUUGUAAAACUGCUAUUAAAGCAAGUUUAACAGGUUGUGGUUUUGUUUUUAAAGUAUUUGUUGACUUUAGUAAACAUGCUGUGUUUUCUAAA